GCACCAUUGAGCUGGAUGCCAACCGCCUUCAAACCCGAAGAAGAAGACAGUUUCAUAACAAUACGUCACGUCCUCUGACCGCUGCUUAAGGUUAUCUACCUCAUGACUCAAUGUUGCGUUUGAUCGCAACAUCCCUGUGCCUCAGAUGCCAAAGUGCCGCAGCUCUAUCUUUACACAUAAGACCAUGUGCAACACUCAUCCCAGCAGAGAACCAGCAGACUGUGGAGGCUCUCUACGAUCUCUCUGUGGACAUCCAGAAGGUGCGGAAACUAAAUAGCUGGGUCUUGCAUCAGAGCCCAGCCUACACUAAGGAGGUAGCAGACCUGCUGAAGGACUUAGGGGCCUCGGGCCCUGUCAUUGCCCGGAUCCUCACAGUUCACCCUGAGGCGGUUCUCUGCCAGCCGGAGCAGAUGCAGACUCAGAGGGAGCUGUGGAUGUCUGUGUGCCCGAAACACAAAGAGCUGGUUGGUAUCAUUGAGAACUUCCCAGCCUCCUUCUUCACUUCCUCCAGCCACCACGACAACCAGCGGAACAACAUCACUUUCUUCCAGAGCCUUAACCUCAACAAGAGAAUUAUCACUAAGCUCAUGGCCAGCGCUCCGCUGAGCUUCAGUCGCCCGGUGGAGCAGAACGAGGUGAUGGUGCGCACCCUCCAGCAGGCUUACCAGGAGCUCGGGGGGGAGGAGGCCAACAUGAAGAUCUGGCUGCAGAAGCUGCUGAGUCAGAACCCGUUUGUUCUCAUGAAGCCCCCUGAGGUUCUAAGGGAGAACCUGCUGUUUCUGAGGGACAAGGGUUUCAGCACCGCCGAGCUCCUCCACCUGCUCUCCAAACUCAGGGGAUUUGUCACUGAGCUGAACCCCGACAGCAUGCGCCGCACCCUGGCGUACUCACUGGACACCAUUGGCUGCUCCGAGGCAGAGCUGCGGCACAUCGUCCUCAACUGCCCGGCUGUGCUUUACUACCCUGAGGAUAUUCUGGCCGAGCGCUUUAAAGGCCUGCUCAGUGUUGGAAUCAGCAUGUUGCAAAUCAAAGAGACUCCGACCGUUUUGGAACUGACCACGCAGAUAGUGAAUUAUCGCAUCCAGCGACUGAUGGUGCACGGGUAUGACGUAAGGACAGGUAGUCUGGAGGUCCUUAAUGGCACUAAAAAGGACUUUGAGAUGAGCUAUGGAAAAUUACAUCUACGUAGUGAAAGACCUAUCUUUAACCCUGUCGCCCCUCUAAAAGUGUAUGACUGACAUCAUUUGUAUGGAUUAAAUCAAGAGAAUUAAAGUUUAAACUGGAUGUGUA